AUGGUGAAGGAAUUAAUGGUGUCUGUAUAUGUGGAUGUAGAGGAAGGUGAGAUUUCGGAUUCGGCUUCGGUUGAGGAGAUCAGUGCGGAGGAUUUUUCGGCGAAAACUUCGGUUGACGAUUGUACGAAAGAGUGUUCGAAACAGCAGGUGCAGCAGGUGCAGCAGCACAAGAAGGUGUGGACGAUGCAGGAUCUGGUGAAGUACCAGAACAAGUAUCAGAUGAGUAGGAAUUAUGCUCCAGGGUUGUAUAACUUUGCUUGGGCACAGGCUGUGCAGAAUAAGCCACUUGAUGAUUAUUUGAAAAAUUUGAAUACUGGUAGUGGUGGUGGUGGUGAUGUUAAUGUUGAUGUUGAUAAACAAUUGAUGCAGUUGAAUGGGAAUGGGGAUGGGGGUAAUGAUAAUGUUGGGGUGAAGGAGGAGAAGAUUGUAGUGGAUAUAAGUGGUGAUGAUGGGGAUAGUGAGAAGGAGGAAGGGGAACUGGAAGAAGGUGAGAUUGAUUUGGAUGUGGAGGUUGUUGGUAAACAAGGGGCAGGGGGUGAUGUUGAGAAGUGGAUUAAUGUGAUUCGGAUCGGGUUAGAGGGUAUAACGGUUAAUGAUGCGAAUAAAUCGUUUAAUGGAGUCUGUUCUAGGCUUGAGGAUAUGCUGGAUAGUUUGUCGACAUUGCUUUCGGAAAAUUCUGUGUUGAAUAAAGAUGAGUUGGUUCAGUUGGCAUUUGCUGCUAUUCAGUUAGUUAAUUCGGUAUUUUGUUCCAUGAACCAAAAUCAAAAGGAACAGAGCAGGCACAUAAUGUCGAGGCUGCUGACUAAUGUGAAAAGCUGUAUGGCUGUUAUGUUCUCCUCUGAACAAGUGAAAGAGCGGUUUAAAGUAGAGAACAUGUUUUUGUCAUGUAACUUGAAUGAUGUUUGUUCAAGUAAUAAGGACAAUGUGAAGGAAGAAGAUACGCCGAAUCUUGUUAAUCAGAAAGCUGCUUCCAUAAGUGAGGAAUCUAUCGUAAAUGCAAUGCCAAUGGAAACUUCAGAUGAAAACCCUAAGCAAUCUGAAUCUUUGAAAACACAAACAUCUACUUCUAAGAAUAGAAUACUGCUUCCACUGCUAGAUCUUCAUAAGGAUCAUGAUGUCGAUAGUCUUCCAUCACCUACACGCGAAACAACAAAUCCUUUACCUUUCGGCAAAGCACUCUUUGUUGGUGAUGCAGAAAUAAGACCCGAAUGGCCCACACCUACCCCACGUGCAGUGCAACAUCGCUACGAAACUGACGCUCUAAAGGCCGUUUCUACAUAUCAACAGAAAUUUAGUCGAGGCUCCUUUUUUUCGAAUGAUCUUCCAAGCCCAACCCCUUCUGAAGAAAGUGGUGAUGUCGGUGGUGAUUGUGGUGGAGAAGUUUCCAGUUUCUCAAACGUUCAGAGUUCAAGUAUUUUAGCUUCGGCUACAAUAGAAAAACGAGAUACUUUUAGCGUUCCGGAAAGACCUAAUGUGCAGUUACUUGCAAAUGCUAGGAAUGCUGCACCUGUGUAUUCCACGUCUAGUUCUGUGACUAGGGUUCCAAAUAAGACACAGGACCCGAGGCUCCGGUUAGCCAAGCCUGAAAGCUUGUCGGAUAUCAACAAAGGGACGUUAUCAUUCUCCGGUAAAUAAACUACGAUUGAGCCGCUUGAUCCAAGGAAACAGAAGACUUUCGAUGAGCCUGUUUUGGUAGAUGGUCCUGCACCAAAAAGGCAUAGAAAUGAAUUUUCCGAUUCUGUUAAUCCCAGGAAUAAUGUUGUGGCUGUCCCGCAAACUAGAGGGUCAGAAAAUGCUGUAACCUCUGCUUUGCCUACUACCAGUGGCGGGAAUGGUGGGAGUGUGCAUAUUCCUGUUACAGGUGUCAAUCCCGCCACAGCGUCCUUGCAAUCUAUUUUGAAAGAUAUUGCGGUGAAUCCUACACAGUGGAUGAAUUUAAUCAGCAUGGAGCAACCGAAGUCGGUUGAUCCUGCGAAUUAUGCGACACCAUCUUCAAGCCAAAGUUCUCUUUUGGGUUCCGUGUCAAUGACUACAGUUGCCUCUCAACCGUUGGUAGUUGGGAAAAGAUCAACAGCUGAUACGCAAAUACCGCAUAUAGCUUCAACGGAUGACUCAGGGAAACCAAAAAUGAAACCCCGUGAUCCUCGUCGUGCUCUGCACAAUAAAUCGUUACAAAAACAAGAAUCAGUCACUAAGUUAUCAACUGUUGAUGGUACCAAAGGAAUUAUAAAGCAAGCAGAUCCAAGAGUCUCAUCUCAACCUAUAUCAGCACCAGAUAUCACCCGUCAAUUCACCAAGAACUUGAAAAAUAUUGCUGAUAUUGUAUCUACAUCCGUGAGUUCAUCUGUUCAGAUGCCUUCAUCACAACCAACUCAAGUCCAUCCAAGUUUUGUAAACAUAAAAGGGCCACCGUCACAUCCAGUCCGCCUUCAGAACGGGAACGGGCCUGCAUCUGAAGAAGUUGCUUCCGACCAGGGCCCAUCUCAACCGCAAAACACGUGGGGGGAUGUUGAGCAAUUUUUUAGAAGGUUUGAUGAUCAGCAACGGGCUGCUAUUCAGAGGGAAAGGUCAAAAAGAAUGACGGAACAGAAAAAGAUGUUUGCUGACCGUAAAUUAUGUCUUGUGUUGGAUCUUGAUCACACUCUUCUCAAUUCAGCUAAGUUUUCAGAAAUCGAACCCAUGCAUGAUGAGAUGCUGAGAAAGAAAGAAGAACAAGAUCGUGACAAGCCACAUCGACAUCUCUUUAGAUUUCCUCACAUGGGUAUGUGGACUAAACUUCGGCCCGGGAUUUGGAACUUCUUGGAGAAGGCUAGUAAGCUUUAUGAGCUUCAUCUUUACACGAUGGGGAACAAACUUUACGCUACAGAAAUGGCCAAAGUUCUUGAUCCAAAAGGAGUUCUAUUUAACGGGCGGGUUAUUUCAAAGGGCGAUGACGGUGAUAACGUUGACGGAGAUCCGAAAAGCAAGGAUUUGGAAGGGGUUUUGGGUAUGGAGUCAGCCGUUGUAAUUAUAGAUGAUUCUAUAAGAGUUUGGCCUCAUAACAAACUUAACUUGAUAGUUGUAGAAAGAUAUAUAUAUUUUCCAUGUAGUAGGCGACAAUUUGGCCUUCCGGGUCCUUCUCUUCUUGAAAUCGAUCAUGACGAGAGACCAGAAGACGGGACUUUGGCAUCGUCUUUGGCGGUUAUUGAGAAAAUACAUCAACUUUUUUUCUUGGAAAAAUCUUUAGAUGACGCCGAUGUUAGAAAUAUACUAGCAUCAGAGCAGAGGAAGAUUUUAGCGGGGUGCAGAAUCGUAUUUAGCAGGAUCAUCCCUGUGGGCGAAGCUAGCCCGCAUUUACAUCCUCUAUGGCAGACAGCCGAACAAUUCGGUGCUGUUUGCACAAAUCAAAUCGAUGAACAUGUCACCCACGUGGUUGCCAAUUCUCUUGGCACUGAUAAGGUUAAUUGGGCACUUGCUACUGGUAGACCUGUGGUGCAUCCUGGCUGGGUGGAGGCGUCGGCAUUACUUUACCGGAGAGCCAACGAACAUGAUUUUGCCGUCAAACCUUGAAAAUCUCCAUAUCUAUUCGGGGAAAUGAUUUUGGUCUCUUAAAGUUAAAAAUAGGUGACGGUAACUUAAUAUUAGACGAAGAAACGCACCGCCACCACCCCCACCACCUAAGCGAUUACAUUUAGUUACAUCUCCUCUGACGCGCUGCUGACAAAUUCCAGUUAAUGCGCAAAGUCAAUUGUUUUCAAAGAUUGCCUGAUUGGUUAUUUUUGAAAAGGUGGAGUGACUGUCAAAACUGAGGGGAGCCUCGGAGGGACUGCAGAUGAAGUUGAUAGUGUGGUGAUGGUGACAAGCUGGAAGAGCCCCUAAUUAAUCAAAUAUUUAAACAAAUAAAAUUGAAAUGCACAAAUAAAAUGCGUGGUUUAAAUAUCAAAUUUAAGGAAUAAUAAUUUUGGAAAUGGUUUUUGGUUGAACUGAUAAAAUUGAAAUACACAAGUAUGAUUGCCCAC